AUGGCGCCUGACGACGACUCCAUUGCUUUUUUUCAAGCCUUGAUUAACGAUGUGCUAAGAGACUUCAUUAACGGCUUUGUGUUUGUCUACCUGGAUGACAUCCUGAUCUUUUCCAGCAGUCCCCAGCAACACGUGCACCUUGUCCGUCAAGUCCUGCAGAGGCUGGGGGAGAACAAAAUAUUCGUAAAGGCAGAGAAAUGCGAAUUCCACGUCCCCUCAGCCAGCUUCCUAGGUUAUAUCAUCGAGGGGGGACAGGUGAGAGCUGAUCCCGAGAAGAUCCGGGCUGUGGCGGAGUGGCCCAAACCCACGGACCGCACGCAACUCCAACGGUUCCUGGGGUUUGCGAACUUCUAUCGCCGGUUUAUCAGAAACUACAGUCAGGUGGAGGCACCCCUUACCCGACUUACCUCACCUGCCACCCCUUUCCUCUGGAACUCAGAGGCGGAAUCAGCAUUCGCCGAACUGAAGAGGCGUUUCACGCCUGCCCCCGUUCUGAUUCAACCGGACCCCUCCUGUCAGUUCAUUGUGGAGGUUGACGCCUCUGACUCCGGGGUGGGAGCGGCACUGUCCCAACGUUCGGGCCCGGAUCAGAAACUACAUCCCUGUGCCUUCUUCUCUCGCCGACUGUCUCCCGCUGAACCGGGAGCUGCUAGCGGUCAAACUGGCGUUGGAAGAGUGGAGGCAUUGGUUGGAGGGGGCGGAACAACCAUUUAUCGUCUGGACAGACCAGAAGAACCUUGA